UCUUACUUUCUCCUCUCUCUCUCUUCCUCUGUUUCUUCGCCAUUCUCUCAGCUUUUCUCCUUCUUCUUCGUCUUUGUCAGAGUUAAUGGAGCUGUGGACAGAAGCUAGAGCCCUAAAGGCAAGUCUAAGAGGAGAAUCUACUACCUCUCUCAAACAUCACCAAGAAGAUUUAAGCCGAACUUCUUCUUUGUCGGAAGAUUUCUCCGUUGAGUGUUUCCUCGAUUUCUCAGAAGGUCAAAAAGAAGAAGAAGAAGAACUUGUCUCUGUUACUUCUUCACAAGAAGAACAAGAACAAGAUUGUAUCUUUAGUUCACAACCUUGCAUCUUUGAUCAACUUCCUUCUUUGCCGGAUGAAGAUGUGGAAGAGCUUGAAUGGGUAUCUCGUGUUGUGGAUGAUUGUUCAUCACCAGAAGUCUCACUUCUCUUAACACAAACCCACAAAACCAAACCAAGCUUCUCAAGAAUUCCGGUUAAACCAAGAACCAAACGGUCUCGGAACAGUUUAACCGGUGGUCGUGUUUGGCCACUCGUUUCAACCAAUCAUCAACAUGCAGCAACAGAGCAGUUGAGGAAGAAGAAACAAGAAACAGCUGUUGUGUUUCAAAGAAGAUGCAGCCAUUGUGGCACAAACAACACACCACAGUGGAGGACCGGUCCGGUCGGUCCAAAAACCUUAUGUAAUGCAUGUGGAGUCCGGUUUAAGUCUGGUAGGCUCUGCCCGGAAUAUAGACCGGCGGAUAGUCCGACGUUUUCGAAUGAGAUUCACUCAAAUCUACAUAGGAAGGUUCUGGAAUUGAGAAAGAGUAAAGAGUUGGGUGAAGAAACAGGUGAAGCUAGUACUAAAUCAGACCAAGUCAAAUUUGGCAGCAAGUGGUAGAUAAGACUUAGGUAAAACCUACUUUUUUGUAACAUUAUCUGUAGUGUUGUAAUUUAACAACUUGCUUCUUAACAUUUGAAACUGUUUCAGGAACUAGUCUUAAGUAAACAAUGGUUUUCUAUAAACAAAAUUAUGUUUU